UCCUUCCGGAAGUAGACGUGGCCGGCUUCCCUGGGCGUCCGAUGUUUGGUGGCUGUGGGGGCGCCUGUCGCCCGCGCCGGGCUCCGCCACACGAUGGAGCGGCGAGGGCAGCGGCAGUGUUGGGGGCCGGCGGCGCUGCUGCUGGUGGUGGUAACCAUGCUGAGGGCGAAGGCGGCGGCCGGGGCCGGAGGAAGGUCGCUCCCACAGUUCAACGACGACGUUCCUUUCCGAGUGAACUGGCCGGGCAACGAAUUCACCCUGCCCACUGCUGGGGUUUUGUAUAAAGAAGAUCAUUACAUCAUUAUGACAACUUCAGAAAAAGAAAAAUAUAAGUGUAUUCUUCCGAUGUUAGCCAGCGGAAAUGAGGAGGAAGAAAAGGACUACAAAGGGCCCAGCCCUGCAGAAUUGUUGGAGCCCCUCUUUAAACAAAGCAGCUGCUCUUACAGGAUUGAAUCCUAUUGGACUUACGAAGUUUGUCACGGCAAACACAUUCGUCAGUAUCAUGAAGAGAAGGAAACUGGGCAGAAAAUAAAUAUUCAAGAAUACUUUCUUGGGAACAUGCUACACAAGAGCCCGAUACUUGAUCCAGAGCAAGAAGAGGAGGAAAAUGAGAAAGACAGUGCAGAAGAGAUUCCUAUGAAAAAUAUAGAAGGGCAGAUGACCCCAUAUUAUCCCAUUGGGAUGGGAAAUGGCACACCUUGUACCCUGAGGCAAAACCUGCCCAGAUCAAGUUCAGUCAUGUAUGUCUGCCAUCCUGAGGCCAAGCAUGAAAUCCUUUCAGUGGCUGAAGUUACUACAUGUGAAUAUGAAGUGGUCAUUUUGACCCCUCUCUUAUGCAGCCAUCCUAAAUACAGGUUCAGAGCGUCCCCCGUGAAUGACAUAUUUUGCCAGUCACUGCCAGGAGCCCCACUUAAGCCCCAUAACUUGGAAAAACUGGAGCAGCUGGAGCAGGAGCACCAACAGCAGCAGGAAAUGAUGAAGGUGCCUUUCAGAAGAGCCAAGGAGGAAGAAGUGAAUUCAGCAAAGGAAGAGAGGUUUUCCUCCUUCCACAAGCCAGUUGCCGUUGGAACACCACAUCUGUUGACGGUUGGAACGACACACAUUUCCAAACUGACCGACGAUCAGCUCAUAAAAGAGUUCCUUAGCGGGUCUUACUGCUUUCAUGGGGGUGUUGGCUGGUGGAGGUAUGAAUUCUGCUAUGGCAAGUACGUGCAUCAGUAUCACAAGGAUAAAGAUAAUGCCAAGACGACCAUAGUUGUGGGCACCUGGAACAAGGAAGAACACCUUCAGUGGGCACAAAAAAAUGUGGCCAGAGCAUAUCACCUCAAAGACGAUGGUCUGCAAACAGUGAAAAUGGUGUCUCACUACUACGGAAACGGAGAUCUUUGUGACUUGACUGACAAACCUCGACAGGUGACAGUGAAAUUGAAGUGCAAAGAAUCGGAUUCUCCUCACGCAGUCACUGUCUACAUGCUGGAGCCUCACUCCUGUCAGUACGUCCUUGGGGUGGAAUCGCCAGUUAUCUGUAAAAUUUUGGAUACAGCAGAUGAAAACGGAAUGCUUUCAAUUCCCAGCUAAUAAUAGCACGUGGGAUUCAUUAAAAGUUCAGGGCCUUGAAAGCCAACAAAGGAGCACACCACUGGAGUUCUCCACUUUGAACCAACGGCAAGAAGGACCAGCAAGACCUCACCAGCAAAGAGCUACUAUCAUGAACCACUUUGUGAAUAUUAUAUGUAUAUAAGAGGCUAUUGAUAAACUUUUAAAAAUUAAAAAAAGAAUACCUUA